UUUAAAAUUUGAACUUGGCGGCUCUUCGCGGCUUCUUCAUAUUUCAAUUUCAUAACUCAACAUUCCGUUUCCAUCCACCAGAAACCCUCAUUUCUCUUUCUGCAUUUACGCCCAGAGCCUCCAGAAACAACAUCAGCAGCUAAUGGGUGGCUCUCACAGUCGGGAAGAUCUGGAGAUCUCAGACUCGGAAGACGAAAGAAGUCAAGGAGAAGAAGAAGAAGAAGAAGAAGAAGAGACUUAUGAAGACGUCAAUGAAGGCGACGAAGAGCAGAGAUCUUCGGGCCGCCGAAGACCCCAAACGCCGCCUUCUCUGGACGACGUUGAGGCCAAGCUUAAGGCGCUCAAGCUCAAGUAUCCUUCCCACAACCCAAACCUUAAGAACGCCGUCAAGCUCUACCUUCACGUCGGUGGCAACACCCCCAGGUCCAAAUGGGUCGUCUCCGACAAGCUCACCUCCUAUUCCUUCGUCAAAACUGCCGGCGACGAUGACGACGGUACCUAUGAUGACGAACAAGGCGGAGAAUCGUGGUGGGUCUUGAAGGUUGGGUCCAAGGUUCGAGCCAAGGUCUGUGUUGGCUUGCAAUUGAAGAGUUUUGGGGACCAGCACCGCGUCGAUUUUGUGGCUCAGGGCGUCUGGGCGAUGAAGUUCUUCAGCGAGGAAUAUUACAAGGGUUUUCUCACCAAAUUUCAGGAUUGUUUGUUCGAGAACACGUACGGGUUUGAAUCCACGGAUGAGAAUAAGAUUAAGGUAUAUGGAAAAGAUUUCAUUGGGUGGGCUAAGCCGGAGGAUGCGGACGAUUCGGUGUGGGAAGAUGCAGAGGAAAGUCUCUUGAAGAGCCCUGCUUCAGCCACACCGGUCAGGGCCAGUCAGGACUUGAUGGAGGAGUUCGAAGAGGCUGCGGGGGACAAUGGCGGUGCUAUUCAGAGCCUGGCAUUGGGAGCGUUGGACAACAGCUUCCUGGUGAGCGAUUCAGGUAUUCAGGUUGUUAAGAAUUUUAAUCACGGAAUUCAUGGCAAAGGUGUUUAUGUGAAUUUUGGAGGUGGGAGUUACGGUGGCAAGUCGAGUAUGGUGCAUUCAAACCCAAGGAAGGCUCUUCUUAUGAGGGCAGAAACUAAUAUGCUCCUAAUGAGUCCAGUGACUGAUGGGAAACCACACACAAGAGGGCUACAUCAGCUUGACAUUGAAACUGGUAAGAUUGUAACCGAGUGGAAGUUCGAGAAAGAUGGAACUGAUAUUACAAUGAGGGAUAUUACAAACGAUAAUAAGGGGGCCCAAAUGGAUCCAUCAGGAUCAACAUUUUUGGGUUUGGAUGAUAACAGGCUUUGUAGGUGGGAUAUGAGGGAUAGGAAUGGGAUGGUUCAGAACCUAGCUACUGCCAGUACCCCAGUCUUGAAUUGGACUCAAGGGCACCAGUUCUCUAGAGGAACAAAUUUUCAGUGCUUUGCGACCACUGGCGAUGGCUCAAUUGUUGUUGGCUCUCUUGAUGGCAAGAUCCGACUAUAUUCAAACAAUUCCAUGAGGCAGGCAAAAACUGCUUUUCCAGGCCUUGGCUUGCCUAUCACUCAUGUGGAUGUUACCUUUGAUGGGAAAUGGAUAUUGGGCACAACUGAUACAUAUAUAGUUCUUAUCUGCACUUUAUUUACUGACAAGGGAGGGAAGACAAAAACCGGUUUUGCUGGUCGUAUGGGGAACAGAAUAGCGGCUCCAAGAUUGUUGAAGCUUACUCCUCUUGAUUCACAUAUGGCUGGCUUAAACAAUAAAUUCCGGAAUGCCCAAUUCUCAUGGGUGACGGAGCAUGGGAAGCAGGAGCGCCAUUUGGUUGCUACAGUCGGCAAAUUCAGCGUAAUAUGGAACUUCCAACAGGUGAAGGAUGGCUCUCACGAGUGCUACCGAAAUCAGGUGGGCUUGAAGAGCUGCUACUGCUACAAGAUAGUCCUGAAGGAUGACUCCAUAGUCGAUAGCCGCUUCAUGCACGAGAAAUUCGCGGUGAGUGAAUCACCCGAAGCUCCUCUGGUGGUUGCAACCCCAUUGAAAGUAAGCUCCUUCAGUAUUUCUAGCAGGCGAUGACAAGCUUAAACAAUGCCCUUUUGUUUACUUGUGGGCCUGUUUAGAUCCAUUAUUAUGUUGUUGCAGAUGCUGUUUUGUUUGCCUUUUUCCUGAACAAUUAGAGAUCCUUUGAAUAGGACUUCUUGUAUUGUAUACCAAAUUGUUGUUUAAUUGUAGUACUCUUGUUUCAAUUAGCAAGUUUAUAGACAUUUCUGCAAUUUCCAGCUUCA